GUGCCUGUGCUGCAGCACUCCUCCACCAGAUGCCAGGGCACAACAAAUGUCUCCCUUAUCUUCCCUCAUACAGCAUGCAGUAGAAGCCAAGCUCCAGAGUCACGUUGCCACGUUCAAGAAACAGCUUUACACCCUGCGCUGUGACAUUGCCCAGAUCCAGACCCACCAGCUGCUGCCCCAGGUGAAGGCAGCAGCCAGCCUCUUCCUCCUGCCCAUCCUGCAGGAAAAGCUCCGUCUGGAUAAUGCUCACCUGCAGGAUGUUGGCCAGAGGCAGGAGGAGGCAGCUGCGUGGCUGGUGAGCCAGCAAAGCCGCCUGGAUCUGUUGGAGCUCCAGCUGAAACGGGAGAGAAAGGAACUGGACCAGAAGGCUGCUUGGCUGGGAGAGAUAGAAACUGUCCUGAAGAGUGCCCAGGCCAAGCUGCAGGCGUAUCAUGACUGCUGCAAAGAGGCCAGCUCCUCCACAAAGGGUUCUGCGUGCACACAGAUGGAGCCCAAAGACUCCAUUGCCACGCGGCUCUGGGAUGUGCUGAUGGGGCAAGAUCAGGAUGAGCAGCAAUCCUGCAGCUACAAGGCCAUAGCAGCCUGUAGCUCCCAGCUGGUGCAGGAACAGAGGGAGCUGGAAGCACAACUGGCAGCUCCUAUACCCCAACACACCGACCUGGAGUCCACCAUAGAGGAGCUCUACUGGCAGCUGUACGAUGACUCCAAACAGCUGCAGCUUUGCUCUCCAGAGACUGCAGACCUGAUGCACCAACUGACCACCAUGCAGGAAGUCCUCCACCAAAAUCUGAUCGAACUCCUGAGCGAUUUGAAGGUUAAGCGUAGCUCUCUGCAGGACCCCAACCUGCAGGCAGAACGCAACCUCUACCUUCAUUAUUUCUGCAAUGAGGAGCGGCUGAGAGAGGUGGUGGAAGAGCAGGAGAAGCAGGCGUUGUCCUCCUCCAAGUGACUACUGAUGGAGCUGCCCUAUGCAAAGGAGUAGAUCAAAAUGAUCUAUGCAAAGUGAUGUUCUCCUCUAGUUGAGAUGAGUCACUUAUCUUGGACUGGGAGAGAUCUCUGGUGGCCAUGGCUCCAGUGGCAGAGGUAUGGUCAUGGUCAGUAGUUAAGCUUGGAGCUCAUUCCUUAAGCAGGGAGUUUCUGAAAGCCACUGGGAGGGUUAGAUGAUGUGUAAGAAGUUGAAGCACUUUGAGUUGGCAUUUGGAAACCCUGUAUAGUCAGGAGACUUCUUGCCAUGACAGCAUCUGUCCCCACCUUCUUGGGUAAAGGAGCUGUGUGUGUG